AGGAGAGCGCGGAUUGAGCCCUCCCGGCUCCCGUCGCCGCGCUCUUUCCCCCCGCCCCGGCCCGCCCCGGCCCGCCCCAGCGGUGCGGCUGGCGGCGAGCGGAGGGGAGCGGGUCGGCGCGGCGCUGCCGGGGAGCGGCGAUGGCCGAUUACUGGAAAUCUCAGCCAAAAAAAUUCUGCGAUUACUGCAAGUGCUGGAUAGCUGACAACAGACCUAGCAUUGAUUUUCAUGAAAGAGGAAAGAAUCAUAAAGAAAAUGUGGCAAAAAGAAUUAGUGAGAUUAAAAAGAAAAGUUUGGAAAAAGCAAAAGAAGAAGAAAACAUGUCAAAAGAAUUUGCAGCAAUGGAGGAGGCUGCAAUGAAAGCCUAUCAAGAGGAUAUGAAAAGGCUUGGAAUUAAGCCAGAUGAUGUAGGUCCCAGUUCAACACAGAGUAAAAUGCAGAGUAACACAGUGGAAGCUAAAGGAAAGAAAGAAAAGAAAGAGAAGAAGGAAAAGAAGGAAAAGAAAGAAAAGAAAAAAAAGUCAUCUUCUGACACCUCAGUGCCACCAAAAACUGAAACAAAGGAAUGGGUGCAAGGAUUAUCUCCUGAAGGCUAUACGUACUACUACAACACCAAAACAGGAGAAUCACAGUGGGAGAAACCUAAAGGAUUCCAAGGCAACUCUCAAAACUCAAAAACGACAGCGGAGUGGGUAGAAGGUGUCACCGAAGAUGGUCUUACUUACUACUACAACACACAGACAGGAGUAUCCACAUGGGAGAAACCAAGUGGUUUUGUUUCAUCUUCAACUGGCAAGAGUCAAACAGGUUCCAAAACGUCUGAUUCAGACUCGGAAGACAGUGAGAAUGAAGCACAGAGUUCGGAAACAAAUUUCAAGAGGAAACGAGAUAAUGGUGAAGAAUCAGAGGAGCGGAAAAAGUCUCCCAGAGCUAAAAAGUUAAGUCCUUAUGGGAAAUGGCGAGAAGUUAAGUCAGAAGAAACUGCUGAUAAAGAGGAGAGUUCAUCCCCUUCCCAAGAAGCCUCCGGUGACGCAUCCAAGACGACCAACCCUUAUGGAAAAUGGAAAGCAAUUCAAGAGAAAGAAGACGAGGAGGAAGAACCGAGUGAAAAAGUGGACCUGGAGCUUCCUAGUACAGAGAGUGACAGUCUGCCACCCCCAGUGGUAGAGGUUCCAGACGAUGCGACAGUGAUAUUUAAAGAGAAGACAGUCACCUCCCUUGGAGAGCUGACAGAAGGGGUGCCAACAUUUAAAAAGAGGAAAUUUGAAAAUGGAAAAUCUAGGAACUUAAGACAGAGACUGAGUGAUCAGUAACACUUAACAAAUAAUACUCGAUUCUGUUGAAGCGAGAGUGAAUCAAAAGUUGAAUAUUUUAAACAGGCUUUUAUAAAGAAGAUGUUGGAUAGAAAUUAAGGCUUUAUAGGGAUUAAAACAUAUGUGAGUUGUAAUAUUUUUUAAUUCUGUUUUGAUGUGAUUGAUUUUGGAAUGGAAGUCUCUGUUCUAUUACUUAAGCAAUAUUGUAAAUACAUCUAUUUUAUCCAUGCAAUCUAAGUUCAGUUUGCUCUGUGUAUGCUGUUUUAAAUACGUUGCAUAAGGUUUUUUACUCCUUUUCCGAGAGAACGUAGUCAUUCUUAAUCUGGCAGAAAGGAUGCAGACCUUUUGUUUUCACAGAGGAACUGGCUCAAUAACAUGUUAGACAGUAAAAUCAUCCCCCAAGGUUGAUUAUGUGGAGUAGUUUCCUAACUAAUGAGUAAAAAUAGUGUGCUUACUAACCUUUGGCUAAUCGCUUGCAGAAGAGUAGGUGGUGAGACUGCCAACAUUUCACACAGCUCCUUUGAUGAAAGCUGUUUUCAGAGGAGUUAGUCACAUCAGUGCCACUCAUUCCAAGUGAUGUUUGGAAAAUCAUUUGUGUACGUGCACGAUAAACGUGUUAAACCUCUGCAGAAAGUUUAAGCAGGAUGAAUCUUUAUUUUCAGUAACAGCCCCAGAGCCACCCCUGCCUUUUGGAGCAGAUAUUUCUGUGGUGUCUUCCUGUUGUAUUUUACUUUUUUGUUGUCUGUGCUUGAGCUCUUCCUUCUUUUUACACAUCAAGUUUUCUUUUUUUGAUCUUACUUUCUUUUUUAUCUCUUUUCCUGACGUGACAAAAUGUCCCUUUUGUGACAAAACAUUCCAGAGAUCUGGCCCUGCUACAGCAUGCCAGCACCCUUGUUGAGGUUGGUAGGUUUUGUCUUUGUUGAUAAGAGGAGUGUAUUGAAUAGUUGCAGUGCUGACUAAGCUGAGAGGGGCUAAGUAUAUUGAGGUUUCAUCAUCCUCAGUACCAUAGGAGAGAAAACAAGAUGGAUAAGUAGAGCUGAUGGCUGUACUGUCCAAGAUGGCUUGGACGUUUUCUUAAGGCCUGUGGGUUCGUUUUCUUCACUAGGUGGGAUUGCUCUGCAUUUAGCAGCAUCAAGAUUCAUUGUGUAAGGAUACAGCUCCACUCAUUGCUUCUCUGGGUGUCAAACAGUGGACCAUAAACGUUUAAAUCAUGAACCCGCUAAAAAAUACGUCUCUGUUCCUAAAGCUUGUCAUGUUUUGUUCAGGAGAGUCACAGCCAAAACCAGAGGGUGCAGUUAAAACAGUUGUCAGAGUCCAGCUACAGCAAAAUGGAGUUGGCAACUGCUGAGCUUGAACUUCCCAGAGAAAACAACUGUUCAUCCAUCCUAUCAGCAGAGAAAGGAGUGCGAGGCAGGGAAUCUGGUUUAUCGUGUCUUACUAAGAACGCCAAGGUCUUUUUUUCUAUUCUGUGACAUUCUGUCUGUGUGUAGAAGAGGAUUGAGCAUUGUAUUUAACCCCAUGUGUUUCUCUGGCUUGUUGUAUUUCUUCUGACAUUUGUUUUGAGAAAUUUGAAAGUUUCCUGUAAUACCCAGCCCUGGACUGUCAUUUAGAGAUGCUGGAUGUGUGCUGGAUGCUCUCAUACAUUCUUGCAUACAUGCAGGAACGUACAACGAGUACUCCACAUGAAAGACCUCACAUGCCAGGCUAGAGCAGAAGUGUCCUUUCUGCCAAGGAGGGGUUGGCAGGUUUCUUUAAAAAGCACAUUUUUGAGGUUUUGUUCGUGUCUGAACACUACUGCUGCAGCUUGGAGCCUGCUCUAACUUGAAGCCUCCGUGCAUUUGUAACCACUUUACGUGCAUUUCCUCCCAAUUUGCACAAGUAUUGUCCUUCAGCUAACUAGCUUUUCCUCCUCUUGAAUCCAUCGUGUCUUUUCAGCAUCACGUAACACAUCCUUUUGUGGUGCUCCAGCACCACCACUUCUCUCCAUCCAUCCCAGCCCGCGUUUGCCUGGACUCUGUGUGCAAGGAAGAUUAAGGCCACGUAUGAUGUCACUAAUACUUCCUUGUCCUACUGGAAGCGACUCCUGAUACAUGUGGCCCUAAACCACAUUUGCCUUUCACAUGACUGCAUCGUGCUGCCUGCCGUCGGCACCCUGUGAUUUUCCAGCACAACCAGCUCUUUCUGCUCCUCUGCCAUUGCCAGCUGCCGAGUUAGCAGCUGAUCCCGCUAUCCUGCUUUCCUUCCAAGCACAACCAUUUUUUUCCUUACAAAUUUGUUUUGUACUGCUGUGCUCAUCUGCUUCUGUUACUUCAAGCCUAAAGUAUAUACAUUUCUGUAGGAGCUCUGUAAAAUGAUUUCAUUGGCACAGUAGUAUAGAAGGUUUAUUUGUAGGCUCCACUUUUAAUAUCCUUUGAGGAGGACAUCUUUUCUCCUAUAGCGAGGUUCCCAAAAUAUUAACAUCUUUCUUAAAAAUUUUGUCACAUUGAAGUGGUCAUAGGCAGUGAUUUAAGAUAGCUGUAACUAAGCUGCUCAAGCAGAUGUUUAAACCAUCUGAAGGUAAGAGUUCCAAACUUGUUUCCCCGAGGAGCUGCUGCUAGUUGUAAUAUGAACCAAAGGUCUUUGUCAAGCACAGUGUUCAACAGACAAACUAAAGCAUUGGUAAAAAAGAUACUAAAUGUUUUCUUUGUUCACCAAUAGUAAAGUUGGUUUAAAUACCAUACACUUGCUUUUGCUGAUGGGACUUCUAAAGCCUGUGUUUCACAAAGAAAUAGAGCACUCCACUCCCCACUACCUCUGAGUCAGUUUGAGGAGAGACCAGUUCAUUCUUUGUCCCUAAAUUGUAAUAAAGGCCAGUUGAAUCAAAUGGCAUCUAUCCAAAGCCAGUGUUUAAUUUUGCACCGUGCUGUCACUCAGUUUCCUUAUUGUGUAUCUAAACCAAGUAUUUUUGAUACAGAAGUACUGUCUUGUGUGAGAUUUAAGGCAGACGCUGCUUGGGUUCUGUGCAGAUCCCUCUCCCUCCUGUGCUAUCUCCCUACAAAAUCUGCUUUGGAAUUUGCUGUAGGAAUCCUGUAGGUAUUACCACAGUUAUGCUCCUCAUGUGCUAAUCCUUCCUUGGCUGCAAUGGCUUUCAGCAAAGGAAUGUUCCUUUUACUGUUUGAGAAGAAGAGUGUUGCGUUUCCUGACUAACCCAUUUGCUGUCAUGCGGCAUGUUUGUAGCUGCUCACCUGCUUUUAUUGCAAGCUCCUUGUUUUGUAGGCUGCUGUGGGCAUUGUUAGCAAUACGAGGAGAGUCAGGCAGAAAGGGGGAGCCACUGCAACGCCUGACAAUGGCUUCGUUUGUGUGGGUUUCAGCAAGUCAAUUCUGUAUUUUUCCUUCCUUGCCUCAUCCUUCCCCUGUCUCAUCUGUCUGAAGACAGCUUUGCAGGACAGGAUGCUUUUCUUGGGGUGUGUGUUCUUAUAGUAGGGUCUGCCUGAAGCUGGUGAUGCUUUUAGAAGCAAACAUACUGCAUAUACUAAAAAUUACUUUGAUGGGCAUUUCCUAUACCAGGAGCUGUGCAGAGACCUGCUCCAUUUGACCCAGGUUAUAGUAUAAUCCUUGCUCCUCUUUAGGAGGAGCCAAAUUGGAUAAGCCAAAUUUUAACCCUCCACCUGGGAAUUUGGAGAUUGAAAUCCAGACUUUCCCAAUAGGAUAAAGUUUGCUUUUUGUUCGACUAUUGUAGACAAAAUCUGUGCUGUGGCAUCAUCCAGUCCCAGUGUUCAGAUUAAGAAGGUGUGAGGGCUGGUCGUGACAUGGAUCCAAGUUAAAUUCACCUGUGCAUGUAUAAAAGCAUUUGUCCUGUAUUUUUUCCUUUUUCCCAUGAAAAAAAUGUUAUUUCAGUGCAAAUGUCGACAUCUCAGAAAGGGAGUAAAAAACUUCCACGCUGCUUGGUUUCCUUGAUUUGCUUUUUGAGUUGUGCCUCCCCUUUUUAGUACUCGUCUUAUUAUUGCCAUCUUCCUCAAACAGUCUUCCUCCAGUAUUCUCAGCUAUGCAAGCCUCCACAUGACCGCUGUGCUGUGUCUCCAGCAUCCCCCUUCACCUCAUCCCCUGCUCUACUGGGAUGUGGGGAAGCAUCUCGCUGUUUUAUGCAGGCCGCCGUGUCUCCCCAUCCCAGCUUCUGCCGCCUGGUUGCAUCGUGCCCUGGGGAGGUACAACCUUAUCUACUCUCAAACAGCCACAAGCUGUUUCAACCCCAUGUGCUCUUCUGAUUUCCUCGCUGAUCCGUCUUCCUGAGACAGAUUCCAUUCCUCCUGUGGGGUUUUAAAUCCUUGUACUGGCUGGUACAAAAGCUGUCUCUGUACUUUCUGCAGCAACCCUUUGGUUCUGCUUUCUCAGCUGUUAUCUCUUCAGUCUCUCUUGUAUCUACCUCUUAAGUCCCCUUUACCUUCUACCUGCCGAAUUAUUUAACUUAGAAAUUGUGUGAAGCGUUUGUGUGACAAACGGAUUGAGCUUUGUGAAAUGUUUUGGGAUAUAGCUUGAAUAGAAAGUGUCUUUACAGAGCAAAAAGCAUUGCAAAUAAUCAUCUGAAAAAGGCUGAAUCUGCCCAAGAGGGUUCUCGGACAGCGUCAGCAAACACAGGUUUGACUUCACCUGUGUAAGUAGGCACAGCCCAUGUUAAAACCCAGCAGAAAGCAUUACACAGACCGGGGCUGAAGAGAGUGCAUGUUAAUGGCUUCAUGACAGAGGGGGCAGUGCAGAGCAGCGGGUGAAUGAGAAGCGAGUGGUUUAGUUUAUAGGUAUCCUCUGCAGUGUUAAACAGCGGGUUUCUCUUUAGCACCUUCUCGCUUGCAAUUACAAAAUAUUGCAAGCUCUUGAAGUGGAGUUUAUAUGAAAACCCUGAAUAAAGCUUUCAUUUGAA